GGCCCGCGCGCAGAUACGAGGUGACCGUGGUGCGCUUAGCUUGCAGACAAAUAGCCGCAGUCGGUGUAUUAUUUGUAGUGUACAGGAAGUGUAUCCGGACCGGAAAUAUGAGGCCGCCAUCUCCCGCGCCCGACACCGAGAAUACGGAUCCUAACAUGCCGGCGAUGAUGCUGUGUACUCGCCUGGCAGGACGGGCGAUCAUACGAGUUGUGUCGCGCUGCAAUGAGGCCCAAGAAAACAACAAUUUAGAUCUAUCUGAGUGCCAGCUGAUGCAAGUGCCUGAUGCUGUCUACCACCUGAUGCGACAUACGGAACUCAAGGGAUGCAAUCUAUCCAGCAACGUCAUUACCAAGAUACCUCCUAAGUUUGCUGUCAAGUUUUCCUUGAUUACAAAUCUGAACCUAUCUCACAAUCAAAUGAGUAAGUUACCAGAUGAGCUGGCAGACCUUGCAGACCUCCAGAGCAUCGACAUCAGCCACAACAGUUUCAUAUCCCUUCCUCUCGUUGCCUACAGGAUGCCGAAACUUGCCACACUCAUUGCCAAUCACAACUACAUUGUCGAGGUUGACAUUGAGAGGUUAAAAGCCAGCCCGAGCCUCGAGGAGGUGGACCUCCAGGACAACCCUCUGAGUGGCUCCAACCACUCUGCUCUGGAGAAGGUCACAUCCCUGCGGAUACUGUUGUCUCCCCGGCAGCUGGAGGACUGGGAGGAUCUGACAGUCUGAACUGGGACACCUGUUCGUCCUGAAGUGUGCUUGAAUGUAUUACAUAUACAGCAUUUAUCUCACUAUUCGUGUUCAAAUCAAGUUUAAUUUUGUAACUUAAUUCACGGAUACUGUAAUAGUUUGGUUAGAAUUCCUACUCUUUUUGUUAUACUAAAUAUUGCCAAUAAUUUUAAGAUAUUCCAAACGUAAAAUUUAUAUUGUUUUUCAUCUUAAUUUCAAUCAUAAACUCCCUGCUGUAAGAAAUGUCUCUGACUUGUUAGUAGAAUCCUUUUUUCAUUGGUUUUGGCUUCUACUUCCUAAUUUCUAAAUAUUAUUUUACACGAUCUGUUCAUUUAAAGUACUAAACGAAUUCCAUAAUAGAUUCAAGCACUUACUUCACUUGUGAUUUGUACAAAAUUUAAGAGUCAAUAGUGAUUUAGCGUUACCAUUCGAAGAUGUUCUAGUCUUCACCAGUAUAAACAGAAUAAUUUAUUAUCGCAGUAUACAUAAAUUCUUGUUUUAAAUGUGAUGGUACUUCUUAAAUAGUAUGAUUUUGUGCAGAUGAUAUUAGAAUGGUUGUUGCUGUCCAUUGAUGAUAGUGAAUAAAGUAUACCAAACAUAUCCAUCUGAGCUAUGGCAAACAUUAUAUGAUUCAAAAUUAAUAUUUAACAAUAUUGUACACAUACCUUAACUUAAUGAAAUAUUAUUAAUGGCAUUUUGAAGUUUUGAACCUUCACUGAUAACAGUACAUCUAUUUCUGUUGAAAUAUAAUUGAACUAAUUUCAAUGUUUUCAUCUUUUAUGACAUUGAAAUCCUCCCUUAUAUCACUAUACAAUAGAACAAUUUAUCUUUCAAUCUCGUAUUACAAAGAUAGCCUAGAUUUUAUCAUAUAUUGUUUUAGAUUAAGAAUUAUGGUUAUUUCUAAAACUAUUGGUUCCAUAAGUUAACCAAGGCUUUCCUAAAAUCACUAUUAUUCAACAGCAUAAACCAGUGUCCAAAAUAAUCCAGAAAAAUUUACUUGAAGCAAAUAUUUUUAUUUUUGAUAAAUCCACUGAUCUUUCUGUAAAGUCUGAAUAAGUUGGCUCUUACAAAUGUAUUUUAUCAGAACUGUAGUGUCCAAAGCAGACAAAGCCAAAGUUAUAGUCUGUAUGUUUAAUUUGUAUUGUAGAUGUAGAUUUUGUACUGAACUACUGUGGUAUUGAUGUGGUGACAAUGCUGCAAACAUUUUUUGAUCUCAUGAAUUUUAAUUCAAUGAUCAAAGUAGAUUAAGAUUUUUAUAUUGUACUAACAUAUGCGUGAAUUUAUUUGUAUUCUAUGAAAUAAAUUUAACAACUGUUUUGUAAUACAAUACUUUUUAGAUUUCCAUAACUCUGUGAUAAUCUUGUUUAAACUGUAUUCCAUGACACAUUUUGACAAAAAACAAAUGAUUUGUAACAAUUUUGUUCAAGGAUUAUAGUGUUUCUGUUGAACUGUUAAUACAUUAGUAUGACAUAUGUGGCUUUUGCAUCAGUUUGUAUGUGUCAACACAAGUGUUCUAGACAAAAACAAAUAACAAACCUAUUAUACAGACAGGGUAUAGUGACAAAAUAAAUUGUAAAAUUAUAAAAUUACCAUUAGUCAAAAAGCUUUAAUUUAAAAUAUCUACGACAAAUUGGUUUAUUAAUACCAACUUGUUAAACACAAUUCAUACUUCCUAUAUUUAUUAUUGGUUUUUUUUUUACUGAUUACAGUUUAAAGGUUGAAAUAUAUCAGGUUGUAAGCUUUAUAUUGUUCCUUAAAGUUACCAUUAAGCUAUCUUUUGAUAAUGCAGAAUGUUACAUCUGUAUGUUGUAUAUUCCUUUUUAAUAUAAAAUUGUACAGUAUGUUAAAUUUUGAUUCAAUCUUAACCCGAAAAAUUAUGUUCAGUUAAUGUAAGACAAAGUAAUGUAAAGCUAAGUAAAUGAAUUUUAUUUUCUGCAUUGUUAAUGUAAGUUAAAAGAUAGUCUAUACAAUCUUGUAUUUUAUUUUUUUAAUCAUAUUUUUAUAGAUUUUUUUAUCAAAGUGGUGGUCCUUUUAUUUGAUCGUGUGUUUUUCAAAAUUGUGAACAAGAAGUAAAACAAUAAGAAUUGAAAUGUGAACUUGUAGCAUAAGUGAACAUGAAUAAAAAUACAUUUGUCCGAAAAAUAAAAUGAGACAGAUAAUAAGUACAAGGCCAAGGCGAUUCACAAGGAUGAUUGUUUUCCUUAACAGUUUAUAUUCUCAUUUCAUGUAUAGAUGUCAAUCACGAAUCAUGAUUAUUACCAUUUGUACUAAUUCUUGGGUAGACUGUCCCUAUGGUGGGGAUGAGCCCCCAAUGCAAAUGAAAGUUUUUUUAUCUAAUGCUAAAUGUUUGCUGUAAUUUUUUAUUCUAAAAUGGAAAAGAACCAGUAAGAGAUUCAUUAUCUCAUAGGUUUAUUUAGUUGGACGGUUAAUACAAUCUAAAGAAACAUAUUACAUGAAAGAAUUCAACAGUGUCAAUAAAUUUAGUUUAAUACAUAGUUUAUUGUAUCCAAAAAUGUGCCUGGCAUGUCUGAAGAGUGGUAUGGUAUGUCUCAUAAUAUUUCUGGAUGUUCAAGAAACUUCUAUGCAGAGCUGUAUAAUUAUUAUCUUAAUGUAAUAUAUAGUCUUAUUUGUGAUCGUAAAAAUGUGUUGUAUUGUUUUUUACUAUGCGUUUGUUAACUAACAACAGUUUGUCAAAUAAACAUUAUAACUAUU